AUGGAUGCGCUGUGGCUCCCAGGCCCGGUGUGCCGCUAUCUUCGCUCUGGCAAGGCUUCAGACAAGCUUCCUGUGGAGCUGACAUUCCAGUCACGUUCCCGGCGUCAGUCGUCCAUCAUCUCAUUGGUUGGCACGCCUGGCUCCUGCCAUCAUCACCAUGGCAAUGUGAGUGUCCUCCUGGUUGCCAUCACCAUGGCGAUGGGCGUGGCCCCAGCAACCAUCAGCAUGGGCCUCUUAACCAGGAUCACCAUGGCAAUAUGGCGGUCCAAUGCCAGGCCUGCGCUGGUGGUAUGUGCUGCUUAG